AUGGACUUUGUCAAGAAAUUCGCCGGCCAAGAGCAGUCUGCUCAGCAGGGUAGCGCCCAGCAAGUUCCCGCUCAGCAGGGCGAGUCUGGUGGUUUCCUCGGUGGCAUUGGCAACAAGCUCAACGCAGCUGCUGGCGGCGGUCCCGAAAGUGAGAAGAACGAGGACUACCUUGACAAGGGUGUCGACUUCGUCCAAGAGAAGUUCAUGGGUCAAGGNCCCUCAGGUAUACACACUCUACUGAAUUUGCUCAUACACCACAUACUGACUCUUCCCCUCCAGAACAACGAAUCCGCCAUUGAGCAGGCCAAGGACGAGCAGAUCUCCGACUUCAUCCGCAACCAAUGGAAGUCCACCACUGGUUCUGAGUUCCCCGUCAAGGACAAGGAGACCAAGUUCUAG